AACCGCGGCCCCGCCUCCCGGCCCGUCCGCGCGCCCCGCUCCGCUCCUCGCCGGCGGGACGCGCUCCAGGAGGGCGGCCGGCUUCCUCCGCGAGUCCCCAGCGGCCGGCGCGGGCCGGAGCAGCGGCAGCGGGCGCGGCGCCCCGGCUCUGCGGGCCGAGCGCGUGGCCCUCCCCGCCCCCGCGCGCUGUGGCGCAGCAGGAAUUUGGCGGGGACCCGGGCGCUAUUUGCGGCUCCUGACGCGCCGGCGGCCCUCCGCUCAUUUCUAUUCUCGGGCCCCGGGGUCACCGCGCUCGGCUGGCCCCCUCCCCCGGGCCCGGAGGGUGUGUCCCCGCCGCCGGGCUCGCCGCGCCUAUAAGGGGCCGAGCGGCGGGCAGGGCCAUGCAGCUCUACAGCAGCGUCUGCACCCACUACCCCGCCGGGGCCCCGGGGCCCACGGCCGCCGCCCCCGCGCCGCCCGCCGCCGCCGCCGCCCCCUUCAAGGUCUCGCUGCAGCCGCCGGGCCCCGCCAGCGGCGCGCCCGAGCCCGAGUCCGGUGAGUGCCAGCCCGCCGCGGCCGCCGAGCCGCGGGAAGCCGCCGCCGCGCCCGCCGCCAAGAUGCCCGCCUUCUCGUCCUGCCCGCCCAGGUGGGAGAGGGCCGGCGAGCGCGGCGACCCGCCCGGCGCCCACGAGGCCCGGCGGCCCGAGCCUGAGCCCGAGGCGCCCCCGGGCCGCAGCGGCGACGCCGCCCCGGGCGGCGCGGCCGAGGCGGGGGUGGUCUCCAGGGCGGACCCCAGGGACGAGAAGCUGGCCCUGUACCUGGCCGAGGUGGAGAGGCAGGACAAGUACCUGCGGCAGCGGAAUAAGUACCGCUUCCACAUCAUCCCCGACGGCAACUGUCUCUACCGAGCCGUCAGCAAGACGGUGUACGGGGACCAGAGCCUGCACCGCGAGCUGCGGGAGCAGACGGUGCACUACAUCGCCGACCACCUGGACCACUUCAGCCCCCUGAUCGAGGGCGACGUGGGCGAGUUCAUCAUCGCAGCCGCCCAGGACGGCGCCUGGGCCGGCUACCCGGAGUUGCUGGCCAUGGGGCAGAUGCUGAAUGUCAAUAUCCACUUAACUACUGGAGGGAGGUUGGAGAGCCCCACGGUGUCCACCAUGAUCCACUAUUUGGGCCCCGAGGAUUCGCUGAGGCCCAGUAUCUGGCUGAGUUGGCUCAGUAACGGACAUUACGACGCGGUGUUUGAUCACUGCUAUCCCAAUCCCGAGUACGACAAUUGGUGCAAACAGACUCAGGUGCAGAGAAAACGCGACGAAGAGCUUGCCAAGUCCAUGGCCAUAUCCCUGUCCAAGAUGUAUAUCGAACAAAAUGCAUGCUCUUGAAGUGUCUGGACACCUACACCCUGGGAGAAUCGCAUACGUCAUUUGUGUUUGGAGAAUUAUAUGAACUCGAAUCAGGGUAAUAGCACUUUUAAACUUCUAGUAGAUUUACUGUAGGUGUAAUGCCUUAAUCAUUUUUUUGAAUGUUUUCUCCUCAGAGCUGAAGGUUGCUGGGCACCUAAAUGAUGUUUCAUGAUAGCUUUGGGUGAUCUUCCUGCUAUUUAUAAUUUGCUGUAUAAAGAUGGCACUACUUAAGUUGCAAGCGAAUUUCUCACAGUGUAAAUUUGUUCAUUCCUGGUAAUCUAUUUUCUAUAAAAAUGUAUUUUUGCACAACAUUUUUAAAAAUGGGUGUAGCUUCAUCUAUGAUGUGUUCCAUUUUGACAAACAGCUUUCCGGCAUAAAUCCAGAGAAGUGCUUUAUAUGAAGUUUAUUAUUUUGAACAGAGUUUGUGAAUUUAGUAGUUAUUUUAUGUUGUUGAAUUUGAAUUUUACAGCUCUUCGGUAAUUAUUUCAAAUGGAUAUUGAUGCAUUCAUGUUACCAGAUGAUUGGCCCAUUCCAUUUUGAUGAAACAAACAUUUGUUGUUCUGGAAAUGAUUAUUUUUCUAGAAAUGGUCAACCUUUUAAAGAGAAGUACUUAGGGAAGGUUGUGGGGAGUUUUUUUUCGUUAAGGGAUAGUACCAGGUCUUACUUGAAUGAAAGUCUGAUGUUUGCUGAUGGCAGAGUGAUUAUUCUGUACUCUGGUUGAUGUUUAGAGUAGAUCGUCUGGUGCUCUCAAUUGUUUUUAUUUAUAUUUGUCAUUUUGUUAUAUAAAAGAAUUUUAAUAUGGUCUAAGACUUUGUGACAAGAUGAGCCUCCUGCUUUAUAUAGCAUCUUGGAUUCAACUAAGAGAUUUAAAAAUUAAUAGCAUAAAUGCCUCAAACCAACCUUGGCAGUUAUUUUAUAGCAGGAGAAUACUGUCUUAAUAUUCUGUUCCUUUUAAAUUCUUGGCAGAAGGCAAAAUAGGAUUGCCCUGUAUUAUGUACAAAUAAAAAUGUCUGUAAACAGCUUGUAUGGUUUGCUGGGUCAAACAAUGUUCCCAACCUCAAAUCUAUCUCAUUUCCACUUUAGCUACUUUUAGUCAUAUUUAUUAAGUAAUGCAGUUUGUACUUUUUUAUUUUGUAACAUUUUGUGAUUUUUUUGUACAAUAUUGUAUUUGUACAAUAGAGCAAUUCUCAGCUGAUGGAAUGAAUGAAUAAAAUGCGUAAUUUUACUUUUA